CUUUCAGCCGGUAGCGCGCUUAAGCAGACAGUUUGGAGAGCGUUCUUCUCAGAGUCGAGUGCGAGCUCAUCUGCAGCGUUACCACAUUUCACCGCAACGGGAAAAAGGGUUGAAAAAGCUCUGCACAGGUUCACCAUGGGAAACAAGUUCAGCAGAAAACGAGACGAGACUGUCCCUGAGCAGACGACUGCAGCAGAGGAGACAGCAGUUGCUCAGCCAGCAGAAGAGUCUGCGAUACCCUGCACCCAAGAGGCUGUGGAGACAAAGAAUCUCGAUGUGGUGGUGGGUGAGUGUGUGACACAGUUGGCGUGCAAAGGGGUAGAGGCUGUUGCUUGCUACGCUGGGUUAAAUGAUGCUGAACCAGAGCCUGUUAAAGAGGAAGCUCCAGCCCAACCCAACCUUCUGGACUCAAUCAGCGAACCAUCCCCUCCAGAACCAGAACCUGUUGCAGAACCAGAACCUGUUGCAGAACCAAAACCUGCUGCUGAGGCUCUGAUUUCCCUGGAUCCAGAACCUGUUCCUCAAGAAGAGCCUCUCUCAGAUCCCCAUGUGGAAGUUGAGGCUGUCCUGGAGCCCACCUCAGAGUUACCACCAGUCCCGGCUGAGGCUCUGGAGCAACCCACAGACAUGCUCACUGAGUCCUCCCCUGAGCCAGAGCCUAUCUCUGCUCCUUUGAUUGACCUGGCUGUCCCUGAUGUCCCUCCCCAACCUGUUGACACUCCUCCCUCCCCAACUCCCACCCCUGAACCAGUCGAUGAAGAUGAGCCCGCAGACAUCCCAGAAGGCGAGGAGUGCCAAGACAUUGCUGAGAUCUGCACGUUUGAGCUGGAAAAGUCUGAGUCUCUGGAAGAGCCGGCGGAGGUGGAGGCCGCAGAGAAUUUGGAGCAGAUCGUGAGUCAUGUCGAAGAGGAAAGCAUUAGUGGACUCCUGCACAAGUUAGAUCUGAAAGGAAAUGACCUCAUCCCCAUUGAUGUCACAAUCCCAGAUGACCCUCCCAUCACAGACAUCAGCCUGUCUGCCGAGCUGAUUUGAAUCCAAUAAGCGAAAGAAGUGAAUAGAUAUUUUUUUCUGUGAAACACUUUUUAACCUUUUUCAUGACUUCUGACUUCACAAAUACAAUGAUUGAUUCCUCAUGUGUGCAGCCUAAUAAAGGGGAACGGCUUAUUUUCUCUUUCAAAAUGAACCAGAUGUGCCAAGUGAACAUAAUGAUGUCUAAAUACUGACACAUUUAUGUUUUUGGAUACAUGUAUACUGCCAUAUACUAUCUGUGGGUGAUGAGUACAGAAGCUCAAGCAGGACAGGGGAUAUAGGUUUACUUACGUUUAUUGAUGGACACGGAGAUCUUCCUCUAUGCAAAAUUCACAGGGCAAGAAUUUAAAUGUAUUUCUCAUAGGGACUUGAAAGAGGUGCUGUUGCUUUAUGAAAACCUAAAAGUUAUAUGAUAGAGUAGCAAAUAAUCAUGUUAAUUGAGUGCAAAGGGAAAAGUAUGUUUUUUGAAGUGGAUAAUCCAUUAAUUCAAAACGACAGGUAUAAGGGACAAUAGCAAUGCGACCAAAAAUGGAGAGCAUAUUUGUAUCUGAUUAUAUACAAGUUUUCAAUAAACAUUUUUGCUUUAAAAUACUUGUUUGGAUUUUGCAAUAUUCCUCCAACAGGAAUAGAAAUCUUGUAUUAUCAGGUGUUUUUUAGAAUUAAAGUCGUGCCUUGGUUGUGGAAAUAAAAUUAUUUCAUGUGUGGUAUCGUC